GACAGCUGUCUUGAGCUCAAACAUGGCUGUGAGGGUAGAUGGUCAGUACUGAAGAUCCAGCCUGGCUCCCGCUGCUUCAGAAGGACUCCAGCCCCCCAAGACCCUUCUGCCCCCCACAGGAUGGGAGCCUGGGCACUGGAGGCCGGGUCAUGAGGGACUGCUGCUCUUCCCCAAAGGUUAUCCCUGCAUCCCCACGGCAUACCCUUGACCAAAGCCUAGACAUGGACUCCAGACACAGCAGUUCCAGUGGGGCUGGGGAAGGGGCCUCCUGCUCUGAGAGGCCUGUAGCCUGCCCCUCUCCUACCUGCAACCCUCGCCCAGAGACAGUGAGAGUACAUGGAGCCUUGAUCUCAGGAGCCUCUGAAACGACUUUGUUUGGAAAGCCAGAACCCGUGUCCUCAGCAGAAGCUGCUCCUAAAACCCCAGAGAACAGAAAUCUUGUAUUUCUGGAAAAGAUGGAUUCUAACUCCUUGAAGCAGGCAGAUUCUACUUCCAUAGGAAAAGAAGAGGCUGGGGCCUUGAGGAAGGAAGAGUCCAUGUUGACAGGAAAGGCAGAGCCUACAAUCUGUGGAAAGGGGGAGCCUGGGACUGUUGGAUGGAUGGAUUGUACAGCUCCAAGAAAGGAGGAUUCUGGGUCCUUGGGAAGAGUAGAUCCAAUGUGUUCCAGCAAGGUAGAUACAGCAUCUCCAGGAGGGGAAGAUCCUGGGUCUUUAAGAAAAGGAGAGCCUGUAUCCUCAGGCAAAGUGGAUCCCAGAAAGGAGGACCCCACACAUUCCAGAAAAGAGCAGCCUGGAUCUACAGGAAAGGGAGAUCUUAUGUCUUUGGGGAAAAAAGAUAUGGAAGUCCCAGAAAAAGCAGAUCCUGCAACCUCAAAACAGACAGAUCCUGGGUUCUCGGGAAAGCUACCUCCAGGAUCAUCAAGCACGGAACUUGUGUCCUCAGGAACAGUGGCUCCUGGGACCAAAAAGGUGAAUCCUGUGUGCCUGGGGACAGUGGACCCUGCAGCUGUGGGAAAUACAGAAACAUUGUCCUCAGCAAAAGAGGACCCUUCUCGGUUUCUUGGAAAGAUAGACCCACCGUCCUCAGGAGAGGGUGGGCCUGUGUCUGUGAGAAUGACAGAAACAGUAUCUGCUGGACAACCAGCCAAGACAGAUCCUACAUCUGUGAACAGUACAGGACCUUCAGGCAGUGUGGACCCAGUUUCCUUAAGAAAUGUGGAACUUGUGUCCCCAGUGAAACCACAACUCUUGUCUUCUGGGCAGGCAGAACGUGUGUCAUUGAUAAAGACAGAAACCCCGUCCUUAGGAAGAGAAGACCUGAAGUCCUCUAGAAGAGUGGAUCACACAUCUGUCAUAGGAAACAUAAAAACAUCUCAAAAAGGGAAUCCCGAGUCUUCAGGAAAGACAGACCCCCCAUCUUCAAGUUCAGGAGAUGCCAAAUCUCUGGGGACAUGGGGGUCCCUGUCUGCCACAAAAGCUGAGGCAGUGACGGAGGGGAAAGGAGGCCCACGGUCCUUGGAAAAGGCAAGUCCCACAGCCUCAGAGAAGGCUGAUCCCCUCUCUUUCAGCAAGGUGGGCUCUGCAAGCCAGGGAAAGGCAGAAACUGUUCCCUCUGAAGAAGUGGGCUCCAAGACUUUAGGAAAAGUGGUCCCAAUGGCUUCAGGAAAACUAGCUUUGGUGUCCCCAGGGAAGGUGGAUCUCAUGGCCUCGGAAAGAGCAGAAGACAUUCCAGAGGUUAAGGCUCCAGAAAAGAGGAAUCCUGUGAACUCCACCAGGGACUCAGGGAAUGCUGAGCCCAAGUCUGGGGUCAAGGUGGUAACCCAGCUUCCGGAUGCCACAUCCCCAGGGAAGGUGGAGGCUCCGUCUUUGCAAAAAGAGCAGCCACAGGUGUCUGGGAAGACGGAUCCCUCAGGAAAAGUCGACCCCACUGCAUCUGUGGAGCCUGUGUCCCUGGGGAAAGCUGACUCCGCAUCUCCAUCUCCUAGAAAAGCAGAGACUACCCCUCUGUCUCUGGAGAAGGCCAAGUCCUCUUUCAGGCAAUCAGAUGGUACAGCCUGCAGCUCAGCCCAGCCUCUGGGAGAUGCCAGGAGCAGUGGGGCCCCGCCAGAGCCACAGCCCUCUGCCAGCACCAGCCAGAAAGACCUAGCGGCAGCUGCGGCUCAGAAGAGCCCCCACGCGGAGAGCACAGCGCCCCCGCCAGGGCCACGGACUCGCGACAACUUCACCAAGGCGCCGUCGUGGGACGCGGGAGCGCCACCGCCCCGCGAGGACGCGGGUACGCAGGCCGGCGCCCAGGCCUGCGUCUCGGUGGCGGUGAGCCCCAUGUCUCCGCAGGACGGCGCGGGCGGCCCGGCCUUCAGCUUCCAGGCGGCUCCGCGCGCACCCAGCCCCUCGGCCAGGCCGCCGUCACGCCGGGACGCGGGCCUGCAGGUGUCGCUGGGAGCCGCCGAGACGCGCUCGGUGGCCACCGGCCCCAUGACUCCGCAGGCCGCAGCGCCGCCGGCCGCGCCGCCCGUCUUCCCCGAGGUGCGGGUCCGGCCCGGCUCGGUGUUGGCGGCCGCCAUGGCACCCCAGGAGGCGGCGGAGCCGGUGCGCGAAGUGAGCUGGGACGAGAAGGGCAUGACGUGGGAGGUGUACGGUGCGUCCAUGGAAGUGGAGGUGCUAGGCAUGGCCAUCCAGAAGCAUCUGGAGCGCCAGAUCGAGGAGCACGGCCGCCAAGGGGCGCCGGCGCCGCCGCCCGCCGUUCGCGCGGGCCCAGGCCGUGCAGGCUCCGUGCGCACCGCUCCUGCCGAGGGCGCCGCCAAGCGUCCGCCCGGCCUCUUCCGCGCGCUGCUGCAGAGUGUGCGGCGGCCGCGGUGCUGCUCGCGGGCGGGUCCCACUGCCGAGUGAUCCCACCGCCGAGUUAUCGGUCCACAUUUUGUAGGCCCGGGUUUCCAACCUUCUCAGGCUCCCUUCUUGAUAUCAAGCCCUUGAAAGUUAUGCCCCACCCCCAGCCCAGCGUGCGUCAGGCCUCCGAGGAGUGCGCUGCUUUUAGGGGCUUCAUUCCAGUCCCUCCCUUCCUGAACACUGACGAAACCCACUUACCCACUCCCUUUGUGGCCGUGAGCCUACACAUCCAUCCCUGACAACCCCACCCCGGUAGCCCUCACAGCCUUCCGCUCCACUCCCUCGGGUAAUACUGGGAGAGUACAGGUGCCUGCUCCCAUCCCUCCACCCUAGAGCUGAAGCAGGCUCCUGAAAUGGCCGAACUGGUGCUUAGAGGCUUCCCCAGGUCCCCACAACCGGGAAAGAUUGCAUGCAGAUCUCUAGGUGUUCUUCCAUGUGUGCCAGGAUUGAUGUGAGGCCACUAGAAAGGCAGACUCUGAAUGGGAGGCUGGGGGGUUGGGGGUGGGGCAGGGAGUCUCUGAGCAGUGAAGGGUCUCCACAUGGUGCUGGCCGCAUGGCCAGGGUGUCUCUUGCAUGCUGUUGGUAAUCCUACUCCCAUUCCUGUCUCCCCCCACCUAGCCCAGUUCCCUAACCCUAUUUCCUCUCCCCUACCCAAUCACUAUGCACAGUUCCCACAGAGGCCAAAGGGUGCCCUGGGGCUCAGCUGAGGGGGGAGAGUUAUGGAAAGGUCAGAGGGUCUUAGAUAGGACCGAAGGUCAUAGCAAGGCUCCUAGAAGGUCUCAGGCCACUGGCUGUCUGGGUGACAACUGCUCUUGGGUAUUGGGAACAAGAUGGAGAGCUCAUUUGACAUCCACGGUUGUCUUCUAAAGGUCCUCCUCCUCCCCCACCUUUCCCCCCACAAUGCUGUGAGCCCCGACAAGUUCCUUGUAACCACUCAGCGCCCUGGUCCCUCUCCCUCUAGCCUCAGUUUUUGGCUACUGUCACAGUAUACAUUGGUAAUAAAACCUUUCCCCAACUCUU